ACUUGUGAACUUCCUCAGCGUUUCCAUUUAUAUAUACUUUUCCUGCUCCUCUUGCUUGACUCGCAUCUAAUUUUUCUGAGGGACAAAGACCAGCUCGAUUUUAUUCGCGGGUGCCUGAACAGAUGGCAAGGGGAGGCAAGGUUAGUUGCAAACGCAAGACGAGAAAUAAAGUCCAAUUGGAGAAAAAAGGUUCAGAUGAGUCUGAUGAAGAUUAUAGGGUGGAUGAAGAUGAAGAGUUUCAUUUGUCUGAAGAUGACUAUUGUUCUUCCUCGCUGAGAAUGAAUCAGAUGAGAACAAGAAAGAAAAAUAUGGUUGUGAAGUCUAGAAAGAAACAGGUAUCUGACAGUGAAGAGGAAGAGGAAGAGGAAGAGGAAUAUGAUGAUUAUUGUGUUUCUAGUGUGAGGCAACAAAAGAAAAGUGAAGAAGACGAUUGUGAUGAUGAGGAUGAUGAUAUUAUAUUUUUUCGUCGAGAAGAUAAGGAUGACUUUGUUGAUGAGAAUCCAAGCAAGAAAUCCCGAGUUUCAAGAACCGAGAUGUAUGAGGAUUCAUAUAAUGAGGAAUCUAAAGAAAUAGAUAAACUUGCAUUUAGUGAAGAAAAUGAAGAUGAUGAUUAUAAUGAGUCUGAUGAUUCUGAUGAUGAGGAAUUUGCUCCAAUUGAGGUUUUGAAAAGAAAAAAUAGGUCUAAUCCUUCAAAAGAAUUUAAAGAUAAGAACGCUGCUUCAAGGAAAAGGAAAGCAAUCAAGGAGUGGGGUUGGGGCAGGAGGAAGAAAGCAACUGUAACUGUGAAUUCUGAUUCUGAUGUUGAUGUUGUGAGCUCAGAAUCAUCUGAUUAUGAGUACACAAUAUCAGAAGAAGAGAGAGAACAGAUUAAAGAAGCUACUCAAUUUUGUAAAAGGUCGAACACUAAUUUAAGGAGCUCUAACUCUUUGAAAAUGACUGAAGAGGAAAAGUUAGUGCGUAAAGGGAAACGCCCAGGAAGGAAGGGUAAACAAAAGGUGGUAGAUUUGAAUAUUGAGAUUGUGAGGCAAGUUUGUGGGAUUUGUUUAUCUGAAGAGGGUAAAAACACAGUCAAAGGAGUUUUAAAUUGUUGCAGUCAUUACUUUUGUUUCGCUUGCAUCAUGGAAUGGUCGAAAGUGGAAUGCUGUCCUCUCUGCAAGCAAAGGUUCGCAACCAUCAGUAGAACUGCACGAACGGAUGGUGGGAAUGAUCUAAGGGAUGCAGUUUUUCCGGUUCCUGAGCGUGAUCAGGUUUAUCAGCCAUCUGAAGAGGAGCUUAGGGGAUAUCUUGAUCCAUACGAAAAUGUUCUUUGUACUGAGUGUCUGCAAGGUGGGGAUGAUGCGUUUAUGCUUCUCUGCGACCUCUGCGACUCACCUGCACAUACUUACUGUGUUGGUCUCGGACGUGAGGUGCCAGAUGGAAAUUGGUACUGUGAUGGCUGUAGGCCAACAGCCCUUGCUUCCUCAAAUGCUCAAGUUCUGAAUUCUACUCCUGAUCAUGGACCAAGCAACAAUUUAUCAGUUGGCUCAUCACCUGGUUGUGCUGUUCGCGAAACUUUCGAUCUCAAUGAGGCAUACGUACCUGACACCCCAUUGAGUCAAGUCAGCGGGCACUCUCAAUCACCAAGGCAUGCAAUCGGGCAUCUUCAACCCACUUCGCCUGCCUCUGGGUCUGGGGCAUUCACUCUGCAUGACAGAGCGACGGAUACAGCAAGUGAUACAUCGAUUCAGAAGCCGGCAAGCUGAAGGGAAUAAUGGUGUGGCCUCAGCAUCAGCAAUCAAUACUUUAGGUUCACAAAUC